GUUGUCAUGGAGCUUGGGAACAUUUCUUUUCCAUCCAACUGCACGGUAGACACCAGCUAUCGCUUCACCUACUUUAAGAUCUCCUACAGUGUGAUCUUCACAUUUGGAGUAGUCAGCAACGGCAUGGCGCUUCGGCAGAUUUGCCGCAUGCAUCGGACCUUCACCAGCACUGCUGUCUAUAUGGCCAACCUUGCAGCCGCAGAUAUAUUCUUUGUGGUCUCCCUCCCCUUACGCAUAUAUUAUCACCAUAACAAAGCGGGCACCUCAAUCCACACCAGUGACUGGUCCCCAGGAAGUGCUUUCUGUCAAGUAACCUUCACUUUGAAGUACAUAAGCCUUUAUGGAGGAAUUUUUUUUCUGGUGUGCAUUGGUGUGGACCGCUACUUUGCCGUCGUGCACCCUCUGCUGCAACACCUGAGAAGGGUUCGAACCGCCUGCAUGCUCAGUGCCUGCAUUUGGUGCCUGGUCCUAGCCCUUAGCGUAUCUCUGCCCUUCUUGAGAUCGGCUGCAUCUGGACAGAAAAAGCCCUGCCUCUUGGAUCCUUCUUCCAAACAAAACCGUACGAUCAUUUUAUGUGCUCUCGGCCUGGUUCAAAUUGCCUACAUGCUGCCUGCACUCCUGCUACUGUUCAGCUACUGCAGCAUACUACGCAGGUUGCCACGACGACGGAAGAUCUGCCAUCGGCGCACUCUUACCAUCAUCUACUGGGUACUAGGGGUCUUCUUUCUUUGCUUUACCCCUUACCAUCUCAACCUGCUGGGUUACACCCUCACACAGGUGGGCCUUGUGCACAGCUGCAUCCUGUUACGCAUUACUAAAGCUCUGCACCCUGUUGUGCUCUCCCUGGCCAGCACCAACUGCUGCUUCAACCCCUUGAUCUACUACUUUUCGAGCAGCCUGGUGCACAAAGAGGGCAGCAGAGUAAGUGGCAGUCUUUGA